AUGAUGUUCUUCGCCUCCCCGUCUCUGGCACCCUACCUCCUCGGCGGCAUCGGGCUGUCACUGUCUCUCACGCUGGUCGUUUUUGCACACGUCUGCACCGUUUGGUACGCUGGCGGUACCUGGGAGGGUCACCCCACCGUGAGGAAGCUGUGUGCAAUUUCAAAGCGAAUUAAGGAGACGCCACCGACAGAGGAUGAUGCCCCAGAGCUCACUGUGCUUCGUUCGCUCUCG